UUUUAGGGCAAAUCAUUUCAGCCUCCCCAACCGCCUCCAUCUUCUUUAUACUCGUUCUCAACUCUGAACUUGCCCUCUCUCUCUCUCUGCAACUGCAAACUACAAAAUCUACAAGAAUCAGAAGUUCAAAACCCAUAUAUUUCAGUUUAUCUAUAUCAAAAGUUCAAAACCCAUAUCGGCAUAUCAUUUCAGUUUGUUCAAAAAAUCAAAACCAAUAUCUUUCAGUUUCCAUCUCCCGCUGUUCCAGUUCGGGUUCGCCGUUCGCAAGCUUCAGCAAAUCAUUUCAGCCUUCCCAAUCGCCUCCAUCUUCUUUGUACUCGUUCUCAAGCUUCAGCAGUCGAUUCCUGAAAUCCAAACCCUACAAAAACCUUUACGUUGUUCAUAAUACGCCAUUAACGGAAAGGCUUAGGAGGAUGAACAAUCCCGGCAACGACGAAGACGCUCAUGGAGAGGUCUUUCUGGACGACGAGGAUAUCAUCCAUGAAAUUAAUGUCGACGAAGAAGAUCUUCCUGAUGCGGACGAAGAUGCAGAAUCUGAUACUGAAUUCGGCGAUGAAGCUGACGAUUCCAUGCACGUAUUCACCGGUCACACUGGUGAACUUUACACCGUCACAUGCAGCCCAACGGAUGCAACAUUAGUUGCAACAGGGGGUGGAGAUGACAAAGGAUUUCUUUGGAGGAUUGGUCAAGGAGAUUGGGCUUCUGAACUACAAGGGCACAAGGACUCAGUGAAUAGUUUGGCCUUCAGUACCGAUGGACAGUUGCUUGCUUCUGGAAGCUUAGAUGGAGUUAUUCAAGUAUGGGACAGUUCCUCUGGAAAUCUCAAGUGCACACUUGAAGGUCCUGGAGAGAGCAUUGAGUGGGUAAGGUGGCAUCCAAGGGGACACUUGGUAUUGGCUGGUUCGGAGGAUUCCACUGUUUGGAUGUGGAAUGCUGACAGGAGUGCCUAUCUUAAUAUGUUUUCAGGUCAUGGUGCUGGUGUGACCUGUGGUGAUUUUACCCCUGAUGGUAAAACAAUUUGUACUGGUUCCAAAGAUGCAACUUUGAGAAUUUGGAAUCCAAGAAAUGGUGAAAACAUCCAUGUUGUCAGAGGUCAUCCGUAUCACACUGAAGAACUGACAUGCUUAACAAUAAGCUCUGAUUCAACUCUUGCUCUUACUGGUUCAGUGGAUAGCUCUGUUCACAUUGUGAAUAUAACAACUGGGAAGGUUGUUGCUUCUCUGAAUGCUCACUCAGAUUCAAUUGAAUGUGUUAGCCUUGCAGUAAGCUUUCCUUGGGCUGCAACAGGAAGCAUGGAUCAAAAACUCGUUAUCUGGGAUCUGCAGCAUUCAUCUCCCCGCAACACGUGUGACCAUGAGGGUGGAGUGACAUGCAUGUCAUGGCUAGGUGCAUCCAAGUACCUGGCUACAGGUGGUGGUGAUGGGAAAGUACGGUUAUGGGAUAGUCUUUCUGGAGAUUGUGUAAGAACCUUCAGUGGUCACACUGCUUGCAUUCAGUCUCUGGCUGUAUCUGCUAACCGGGAAUUUCUUGUUUCGGCUUCGGUUGAUGGAACUGCCCGCGUAUUUGAGAUUGCAGAAUUUCAAUAAACAAAAUUUGCCUCCAGAUCUGAAGUUAGUUGGAACCUUGUUGGCUGCAUAAUAUUUUUUCUUAUAGUACCAAAAUAAACUAUAUUACAUUUAGCAUUCUGAAUUUACUGUAUCUUCAAGUUGUCACUGGUGUUUGUAUAUUAACUUAUGCUUAAAUGUUCAUACUACGGAGCAACUAUUUUUUAAUUACAUCAAAGUUUUUGGUUUUUGUAUCAAAA